UCUAUACGCUGUAUUUCUUUCGAUAAAGUUGCUUCUGUCCGGUUAAACAGCCGAUGCGAGUUUUCUUAAAUAAUCAUUAAAGGAUAUAUAUUUUAUGUAAACGCAUAAUAUAUAUAAUCAUUAUAAAAUAUACGAUUUCCUUUUGAUCGUAUGAAAGAGUGAAACGUAUCACAUGUUUCUUGCAACGAUUUUCAUGUUGCACGUAAGAAUUUAUCGUUUAUAACCUAACAAAUUGUAAUAAGUCUUAUAGAAAAUUUUUUAAAGAAAUACGUAUUAAUUACGAAAGGAAUAAUAUUAUUUAUAAAUAAAAGGGACAUGAUGAUUUAUGUGAACAACUGUGACGAUAAAUCUUAAAUGAUUUGAUAUAUUUUUUUAUCUUUUCACGUAAGCAUAUUAUUGACGAUAAAAGAAUAUCAAGUCGUUUAUGUUUUACAUUAAAGAAUGUAGCAUUGUAAUGAAAUAUAGGAUUACCUAUUGAAAUACGAAAUAUUAUAUUCGAAUUUCAUUCGAAUUUAUUUUAUUAUUGUUUUCGUCGAGAAAGGAAUUACAAAAGAAAGGGAAAAAUUUAAUAAAGUGAGAUAUAAUUUGUAAGGGAAAAUUGAAAUGAGUUCUCAACAAAGUCCUGCAGCAUUGCAGUCGAGCGUGGAUCGUGAAAAAGUUUAUACAUGGAUCAUUGAAUUGUCAAAUCCUGAAACCAGAGAAAAUGCACUUUUGGAGCUCAGUAAAAAGCGUGAGGUAGUGCCAGACUUAGCACCAAUGUUAUGGCACUCAUUUGGUACUACUGCAUCUCUCUUGCAAGAGAUAAUAAAUAUUUAUCCUGCCAUUAAUCCAGCAACACUUACCGCAUAUCAAAGCAAUCGUGUAUGUAAUGCACUUGCUUUGUUACAAUGCGUUGCCAGUCAUCCAGAUACCAGAUCGGCCUUUUUACAAGCACACGUACCAUUGUUCCUUUAUCCAUUUUUGCAUACCGUAAGCAAAACAAGACCAUUCGAGUAUCUAAGAUUAACGAGUUUAGGAGUUAUAGGGGCAUUGGUCAAAACGGACGAGCAAGAAGUAAUAACAUUUUUAUUAACGACAGAAAUUAUUCCAUUAUGUUUGAGAAUCAUGGAAAGUGGCUCGGAAUUGAGUAAAACCGUGGCCACUUUUAUCCUUCAAAAAAUUUUGUUAGAUGACAGCGGUCUUUCUUAUAUAUGUCAGACUUAUGAUAGGUUUAGCCAUGUUGCUAUGAUAUUAGGAAAAAUGGUAUUGUCCUUGGCAAAAGAUCCAUCAGCAAGAUUAUUAAAACAUGUUGUUAGAUGUUACUUAAGACUCUCCGAUAAUCCAAGAGCCUUAUUGGCACUGAGACAAUGUUUACCGGAUCAAUUAAGAGAUAAUACCUUUGCAACUUGUUUACAAGAGGAUGCAUCUACCAAACAUUGGUUGAAUCAACUUCUUAAGAAUUUAGAAACUGGUCCACAACCAGGUCCUCCUACUCAACCGGGUCAACAAGAUCCUAGGGCUAUUGGAAUGUCACCGCUUACUUCUUAGACCUUAAAUUUUUAUUAUUAAAAUAAUGAUUCAUAUUUUUCUAGAGAGAGAGAGAGAGAGAGAAAGAGAGGAAGAGAGAGAGAGAGAGAGAGAGAUAGAGAGAGAGAAAGAGAGAGAAAGAAAAAAGAA